AUGUAUACUCUGACACAGAGAAAGAAUAAAAAGCAAACUCGGGGCACGGGACGGUCGGGUCCCCGCCGUCGAACCGGCUGCUUGACCUGCCGCGCCCGCAAAGUCCGCUGCGACGAAGUCAAGCCCACCUGUGCGAAUUGUACUCGUCUGAACCUGCAAUGUGACUACAAGACCCUUGUCCCGGGGCUCAUAGCGCGCAGGUCCAACCGCCGCUCUACCCUGCGCUCCGAUCGACCGGACACGACAUUCUUCCAAACGGUGCUGCGGCCGGACGAACAGCGACAGAUCGUGGCUGCUGCCUCUCAACCUCCGUCGCAGCAGUCACCAAAAACACUGGAGAGUACACUGCCGCCGGAGACAAGCGCGAGACCGCAGGAUAUGACGGAUAUCGUGGAUUUUCCAGCCUUUGAUAUGCUGGGGUUCAUUGGAGAUAUCACGUCGGAUAUUGAACAGAAACACCUCGACCUGACUAGUGCUGGGACACCGGCUCUGGGGAAUGAAAUUUCUGGGGCUCUUCAUACUGAGCGGCAGAUGGCGUGGAAUGCGGACGUGCCGUGGCUGGGGGAUGACCGAGUUGCCAGCGCUGAAGAACUGACCGAAGACACCGGCAGCGGAGGACCCAAGACACAAACCUUAGGCGAGGAACAGCAGUUGCUCAUCCACUUUUCAGAAAGUGAUCCGCCUCCGGCGAUUUUCGGGCCCGUGGACCUCGAAUGGAAGUUUGUCAAGGAGGCCGUCGUCACGCAGUCGCCGGACUGUCCUGCCCUGCAGAAAGCGAUGUACUGCUACGCGGUCGUCGAGCGGUCUCUGAACGCGGGCCAGCGGGGUGAGCGGGAGCCGCUCUACCACCAGCAGGCCAGCUCAGAAAUACAGUCGUGUCUGGAGGGAGAGGUCGACGAUGCGCUGCUCAAGCGGGUCUUUGCGGCUGUACUACUACUUAUGCUGUCCGAGGUUCUCUCGUCGGCGGAGGUCUGGCGCACCGGCACUUCCUUCCUUCCCUCGGCCUAUCUACUACUACAGCGGUUUCACCAACGGACGCGGACGUGGGUAGGAUUCGGACACCUAGUCGUCUCGUGGGUGGCCCUGCUGGACGUCAAAUCCCUCGUGGCAGGCCGCGACGGCGACCCGCUCACAGAGCUCGGGGAGGUGGCCCAGCCCCCCGACGACAUGGACAGCGAUGACAUCUUUCUUCACGAUGCAGGCUACCUCGUCCACGAGACGCUUGUCGGACCGGCCUUCCGCUUCUUCCUGCAGACGCAGCAGGUGAUCCGGCGCAUCGUGUGCAUCGACCUCCACCACCGCAGUCGCGGCACGGUCGACGAUGAGUUCGAGGUCUUACAAAUUGCCCACCGCGUGGGCGCCGAUCUAGAGACGCAGUGGCAGCGACGACCACGGGUCGUCGACCUCUACGACCAUCCCGAGCGCCUAGAAGGAUCGCUACAGCCAGACGUUGCAGACGAACUUUGUCGCACGUUCCGGCAAUACGUGGCCAACUUCCUAGCCAUCUUCAUCUAUCUGCACCGCGUAGCGUUCGUCAUCUACCCCCGCACAGACCGCGUGCACCGCGCCGUGGACCAGAUCAUCCAACUGGCGGGGCUGGAGGUGGCCACUGGUGCGCGUCGUCUGCCCGCCAGUUUCAUCUGGCCACUGUUUGUGGCAGGGCUGGAGGGCUCGCCGGCGCAGCGAGGGUGGAUCGUGGCGGCGAUGCGGGCCAUGGAAGGUCUACCUGCCGGACAGAGACACCCUAAUAUCGGAAAGGCGCGGCAGCUGCUGGAGGAGAUGACACGGCGGCAGGAUCUGUCUCGGACGUGGGCGGAUUCGCGAUGUGUGCGGCAGGAACUGUUCACGGAGAGUUUUGUGAUGAUUUAG